AUAUAUAUAUAUAUAUUUACCAAAGGGAGAUAACUUAAGAAACACAGAUGGCUACAGAAAGAAUUAAGAUAACAAAAACGUUUGACAACAAAGACGUUCACCAUGCUCCAGUAACGGUAGUUCUAAAAGGACCAACAGAAAGCGAAGACAAUUUGACAAUUCUUGUUGAAGCACCUUUAUUCAACGACCCGAAAGAUCCCGGUGGAAUACCAGGUCAACCGUUUGACACUAUAUGGGAGUAUGAAGUUGUAGAAGUGUUCCUGUUGAAUGAUCAAGACAACUACUUGGAGGUGAUAUUAAGUCCGCAUGGACAACAUUAUGUUCUGAUCCAGGGAGGUUAUCGAAACAAACUAAAGGUUGAAAUGCCAAUAGAAUAUACAACGACAAAAGAAGAAAGCCGAUGGUCAGGGAAGGCUAUCAUUCCUGGAAGUUACCUGCCACCAAAAGUUACGAAAUGGAAUGUAUAUGCUAUGCAUGGUACUGGAGAAUCUAGGCAGUUUGAAUCUUUACAUGGUGAUAUUAAUGGCAAACAUGAAAAACCAGAUUUUCAUGACUUAAGCCUAUUUGGACCAAUUGAUAUAAGGGGAAUAUUACCCAAUAAUUGGAGCCUGGAGUAUAGCUCAGACGAAUGGAGAGAUUACCUAUAGACGAACGGAGAUAUCCACUAGGAAAUUAC